GCAACCAAUGGGCUUUAGUCCAGCCCCCUAGUAUAUAAGGGGCUGUAGUCUCUAUUCUCUCUCUCUUGUUCCUGCACUCUCUUAGAAAGCACACAGUCCUGUAUACUGCAAAUUCAUCUCUUCUAGGCCAAAGCCUAAAGUCCAGCUGACACUUCUAAACCUUCACAUUACUUUCCAAGAAGAAUAAAUAUCUUCCUUGAAGACAAGUAUUGAUGAAGUGUUCUGCAAUGAAGAAGACCGUCAUUCUUGAAGUGAAGGCUUCUCAUGUGAUUUGGCGUCACGCGCGGGAGGUGCUGACUGUGCGUUCGUACAUGAUGCCACCACUUCUGGUCCACCCUGGCAGGAAAAGAUGUGGGUAUUUAUGACUCAAGGCUGCAUUGUGCAUGACUGGGGCCGGAUCAUCACAACCAGCCAAUGGCAACCAGAGAAGCCGGUGUUUCCAGGUGCGGCCGGUGGCCCAGCCUCUUCUGUCCAUCCUUCUGCUUUAUAAGAGCAGGUUCAUCGGUUGAGGCUUCUGUCUUUUCCCAUUUUGGAAUACUUAACCCCCCCCCCACAAGCUCAUUGUAGCCACAUUGAGAAAUAAGGGUCCACCAUGCUGUUCUGGCACAGCCAACCUGAACAUUACUGGCCCUCACCGGCUGAACAUUACCAGAGCCCGGCCAAUGCCAUCUACAGGGAGACCAUACCGCUGCCGUUUCUGAAACAAGAGGACCAGCCCAUACCCACCCCGCUGUGCCCGGCCUUUCAAUGUGUCCUCUGUGCCUCCAGCUCCCCAGCUGUAAAACUGCACGAGGAAACGCUCACCUACCUCAACCAGGGCCAGUCCUACGAGAUCCGCAUGUUAAGCAACUGGAAGGGAACCGGCGACCUACCUGAAAGUCGUCGCUUACUGAAGAGUAUCGUUCGCGUUGCUUUCCAUGACCGGCGCCUGCAAUAUAGUGAAAGACAGCAACUGGAGAGCUGGCAGCUCAGUCACCCAGGGGACAGAAUACUGGACUUAGAUGUGCCUUUGUCAGUGGGAGUGAUUGACCCUCUGGUAAAUCCAAGCACCUUGAACAUCAUUGAAUUCCUAUGGGAUUCCAGUAAAAGAACAUCUGUUUUUAUACAGGUUAACUGUAUCAGCACAGAAUUCACACAAAGAAAGAACGGGGGAGAGAAGGGGGCCCCCUUCCGAAUACAGGUGGACACGUACAAGGCCGACUCCCAGGGUGACUUUACGGAGCAUCUGUACUCCUGUAGCUGUCAAGUCAAAGUGUUCAAGCCCAAAGGAGCAGACCGGAAGCAGAAAACAGAUCGGGAGAAGGUGGAGAAACGCUCAGCACUAGAACGUGAGAAGUACCAGCCGCCUUGUGAAACCACCAUUCUGACUGAGUGUAUACCUUGGCCAGAGAUUGAAACUCCCAGAAGCCCCUCCAGCACCCCUGGCCUCUGCUCACCACGUAACUUUAAGGUGCCCACCCCUGACAGGAUCUGCGCAUCCCCCGUGUGUGCCUCAGACAGCUCUACAGAGUGUACAAGAGAGUGUUUCUUAUGGGCAAUCUUCCGGUUCCCGCAGGGUCUCAGUCCUUCCGCCUCCAUCAGUGAAACUCAGCAAUGGCUGCUGCGAAAUCGAUUCUCUAAUUACUGCCGAAUAUUUUCCAAUUUCACAGGGACAGACCUCCUAAAGUUGACCCGCAGGGAUCUUACUCAAAUCUGUGGCGUGGCGGAUGGGAUUCGACUGUCUCAUGCUCUCACAGCACGGUCUGUGCGUCCUCGUCUGACAUUGUACAUUAGUACCGAGUCACCAGAAAAAAACAAAGACAUCCCAGAUGCCAAUCUGUCAGUUCUGUAUCAGGAGAUCUACUUGGAGGAUGUGACUGCAGCUGAACUAACCAAUAAACUGGCAGAACUAUUCAGCGUCCCUGCAAACCACAUCCUACAGGUCUCUAGGACCGGACCCCAUGGGAUCCACAUCCUGCUGAGCGACUUGAUGGUGAGAAAUAUGCUAGAUGAAUCCUGCUUUACAGCUACACUGCAAAAAUUGUCAAACCUUGAUGGCUACCAUUGUAUCCUUCGGUAAUGAAGUUGCAUCAUCCAAGCUGACACAAGAGGCUAUGAGUACCCUCAGAUACUGCCAACCCUGCCAGCGGAUGCCAGGAGACCAGCAUGAGGAGGAACAAUGCCAAGGAAACAAUCACGGUCCUGUACUUAGAAUCAGCCCCCUGAAUACUGCGCUUCUACAUCCGACAAGUAAAUGUGGCAACCCAUAUAAGCAUUAGCACUGGUCCUAACUAGAGAUGAGCGAACUUACAGUAAA